AUGCUACGCGCCGGAUGUCGUUCUGCGCUACGCCGGCCGUUGCUGGCGUCCCGCCGUUUGUCAUCGCUGGCCGCCUCACAGGCAAUUGCAGGAGAUCACGCUAUCGAUGACGAGAAGUGGAUCCGUCUUAUGCAGCAGACCAGUCGCCUGGAGACGAACGUGUUGUUGCCUUUAAACGAAAAGCUACUGGGCCCAUUGGACCGCAAGCACCGUGAGGAAAAGCUGCCGUCGCUCCCCUUCGUCUUCCUAUUAGGCAAUCACUCGUCCGGCAAGUCCUCCUUUAUAAACUACCUGCUGCAGCGCGAUGUGCAGUCCACAGGCGUGGCUCCUACAGACGACGGCUUCACCAUCAUCGCCCCGGGCCGCGAAGACCUGGACCAGGACGGUCCGGCGCUCGUCGGUGACCCGGACUUGGGCUUCUCCGGGCUGCGCGUAUACGGCCCGGCACUCAUCCAGCGCACGCAGCUCAAGGUGCGCAAGGGCAUCCAGGCCAACUUCAUGCUUGUAGACAGUCCCGGUAUGAUCGACUCGCCGCACAGUCCGCCACACCAGUCCCAGUUUAACUACACGGGACCCAGUGACCGCUUAUCGUCGCAACAACAACGGAGCAACAGCUUUAAGGGACAAGACUCGGACAGAGGAUACGAGUUUCCGGAGGUUGUGCGCUGGUACGCCGAGCGUGCCGAUGUGAUCCUGCUCUUCUUCGACCCGGACAAACCCGGCACGACCGGUGAGACUCUGUCGAUCUUAACGCGCUCACUGGUAGGUAUGGACCAUAAGCUGCACCUCGUACUUAACAAAGUGGAUCAGUUCCGUAAGAUCCAUGACUUCGCGCGUGCCUACGGUUCGCUGUGCUGGAACUUGAGCAAGGUCAUCCCGCUCAAGGAUCUCCCGCGCAUCUAUACUAUGUGCAUUCCCACGAAGGACAAUCAGAUGCAAGCAGCAGAAGGUCUUGGCGCGUCGAUGAAGGACUUGGACGCUAUGCGUGAGGAAGUGGUGAGCGAGGUUCAACGUGCGCCGGAGCGUCGUGUGGACAACCUCAUCACGAACCUGUACGACUCGUCACGACUGCUCAAGAUGCACGCCGAGGUCUUUGAAGAUCUGCGAGCUCGUUACGCUAGUGAGAAGUGGCGUCGCUCGGCUCUCGUGGCUGCGACGUUCGUGGGAGGCAACGCACUCGCAGCUUCGGCGUUGGCGAGCGGCGUCCCCAUCGAAGCUGCGGCAGGACUAUCCGUUGCCAGUGUGUUGGCGUCUGGUGGUGUGGGGUGGCACAACUCGACUGUGAUGACCCAACUGGAGCGCGAUCUGCUGCAUGAGGACUCGCUGAGUGAGCUGUUCCGUCGUCGAUACGGCCGCCAGUUGGCGGAGGGAGACGAGUACGUGUUAUCCUUGUGGAAGCGCGUGCUGCCGUCGCUGCAAGUGGCAGCACACACUCUUGGCUUCAGUAUGAUGCCGAAGCUGAAGAACUCGGAGAUUGCAGCACUCGACAACAUCGUGAGCAACGAAAUCCCGGAGCUGCGUCGACAGUGUGCGCCUACGGACAGCAGUCUGGCGCACCAAGUUGCCAAAAUGCUCCGCAGCUAG